GGGGGUGUUGAGUUUUGUGCCGCUGCCCCCCGGCACGGAGCGCUCCGGCUAUUUCUAACGGGGGAAAAAAAAAACAAGCAGCCAACCAGACGGCGAAGGAAGCUCCAAAACGCACUUUGUGGCUUUUCUCCACUCGUCGGGUUUGGUGCCGGGAAGUUGUGAACAACUGCGAGUCAGGAAGUGGAAAUCCACACCGGUUGUGACAAGCUGGGGCUCCAAACUCUUUCAUUAUUUAUAUAGAUGUGUCUAUCAACAUUCUGCUUUUCAUCCAAAGAAUAAAGGGAAAUGCCGGCCGGCCCCACGCUUGACGGGGAAUGACGGACCUCAUCUGAGCAAAGGAAGGACUAAAUAUAUCAGCUAACAGCAGCACCGGCAUUUAUUGAACUCCACAGGCUUUUUUUUUAACCCCCCUCCAACCUAAAGACGGAACGAGAGAUUUAAAGGGUCGUUAAAAGGGGAACAAUUUGAAAGGCCCCUUUUGGCUUCUGGAGCGCAGUGAACCUCCGGGCAGGAGCAGUGUUGGUAGGACGGGCAGCACAUCAAGGCUCUGCGCGAUGAACCUUCUAUCCUAUGGAUACCACUAAUGAGAUUAAGCACCGAGAAGAUCUGUAAUCGAUCAUUUCAAUGCCUAAUAUUGCCCAGGAUUGCUGGAGUACCCCAAGAGCUGCGUCGGACUGUAUUCGGGUUAUGCCAUGGGCUGUAUUCAGAGCAUUAGCUGUAAAUCCAAAGUUUUCCGGGAGAGUAUUUCGGUGAUUGAAGUCAAAGCCUCCAUCGAUCCCAUCCCCACCAGCAUCGACGAGUCCUCCAGCGUGGUCCUGCGUUACCGCACGCCUCACUUCCGCGCCUCCGCUCAGGUGUUGGUGCCCCCCAUCCCCAAGAAGGAGACGUGGAUCGUGGGCUGGAUCCAGGCGUGCAGCCACAUGGAAUUCUACAAUCACUACGGGGACCAGGGAAUGUCGAGUUGGGAGCUCCCAGAUCUACUGGAGGGUAAAAUCCAGGCCAUCAGCGAUUCAGAUGGAGUGAACUAUCCCUGGUACGGAAACACGACAGAAACUUGCACCAUCGUGGGUCCCACCAAGAAGGAGUCCAAGUUCAACAUCAGCAUGAACGACAACUUCUACCCGAGCGUGACGUGGGCAGUGCCCGUCAGUGAGAGCAACGUGGCCAAGCUGACGAGCAUCCACCGGGAUCAGAGCUUCACCACCUGGCUGGUGGCCACCAACACGGCCACCAACGAGAUGGUGACCUUGCAGACUAUCAAGUGGCGGAUGAGGCUGGGCAUAGAGGUGAACCCCAGCAGACCCCUGGGGCAGCGUGCCAAGCUGCAGGAGCCCUCGGCUCAGGAGCAGCCCCAGGUCCUCAGUAAGAAUGAGCCAAUACCACCCAGUGCCCUUGUCAAACCCAAUGCCAACGAUGCUCAGGUACUCAUGUGGAGGCCAAAGGAUGGACCACCGCUCGUGGUGAUACCUCCCAAGCACCGAUAGUAAAAACACCUGGCGUCCCGGCACCAAAAGGGAGAAAAACAAAACUGGAAACAAGGCAAAACAAUCUCUUAGGUAUUAGAAUAAACACGUGUAAUCUGAGCGAAAGCGAAAUGCACUUUUUAGUCAUUCAACAAAUGCAACCAUUCUACCUUCUCCCAUUGGGACGGAUUUCACUGUGCUAAAGCUAAAAGAGGAGACCUCAGGGCGGGGUCUGUCUCACCACUGGAUUCCUAAGGGAAGAAACGAACACUGAUGUCUACCAGUAUUGCUUUUUUUGUUCUCUUCCCUCUUUCGGUUCCUGUUUGAACUUCAGUCUCAUUAGCUUGCCCAGACUGCCCACAACGAUAAGAGCAUUUGAUUUGGGAUUUUAAGAGUCUUUUCUUUCUCCCCCCCCCACUUUCUUUUUGGUUGAGGUUCCUGGGGCAACAAGUCAACUCUUUAAGAUAAGGACUUUUAGUUUUUUUUAAGCUGUAAGGUUCUGAGUUGCAAAUCCAAGUCAUGCGGCCUUAUGUAGACUUUGCUUUGCAUUGCCAAACUUUUGCCUUAAAGCUACGUCUGAAAACAACAACAAGAACAAAAAUACCACCGGGCAGAAUGUCCUUUCUACAGAGCUUGUGGGAAAAGAGCUUCAGAGUGAGGAGAGGAUCAUCAGUGUGUCACAGGCAAUGAAAAGGGCAUGAAAAUGGAACAAGCGCCAUCAAAAGACAAACCUUCCUGGUUUUAAAACGAGGGAAGCUCGGAAAUCAUCUCAGUUUCGAAGCAAUGCAAAUAAACUGCUGUAGGAUGGAGCUCCGCGGCCAUGCAUCUCCCUGCUCGGCAGAAGGAAUUGAGCUCACCCCAUUUGCACUUCUCGGUGUUGUAAUACGGGAUGAUCUGACAUGCAGAGCCAGCAGCUCCGGGGUCACCACACCUGUGCUGCGUGCGGAGGCAUUGAGACAUGUGGGUGUAAGCAAAGGCAGAUCCAUCCGCCACGUCUACCCAGCAAUAUCCACAAUUCAGGACCGGCCGUGUCUGAGAGCAGCAGGCACCAUUCCUAGCAAACACUAGAAACAACAGCUACGAAAGAACUCUUCUUCCUACAGUAACGAAUCACGUUGGGGUUCAUAGGUAGUUUUUCUUCCCAAUGACCUCAUGAUCUACACAACUUCCAGGACCGGGGUGCAGACAGGACCCCAGGUGAGACCGUACCCAUUUGGUUAUGUAGCCAAGGAUCCUGCACGGGGUGGUAAGCAGGGAAGGCCCACAUCUCGUGUGUAGAUCCUCCAGUCAAGAAAGCGCAUUUGGAGCAGGAGCCAGAACCCAGGUUUCAGCGAGGGCCUCAUCCAGAUGGCUUCAGAGAUAGCAGAUGCGUUUCUGCAGAGGAAGGAGGUGCAGGAAGGUUGCUCAAAAGGAGGGGGGUGUCUGUGGCAGCGCUUUCCAUGAGAUAACGUUUCUUCCUCUUAUUCACAACACGCCUCCAGAGCUGGGGCUGAGCAGAGCCCAGCUGCAGAUGCUCCCAGCCCUGCAGAGCUGGGCCGAGCAGGUCUCGGUCCCGCGCUCGCUGCUCAGAAGGCUCUCCCAUGGGGGAGCACCAUUCGCUGCUAUUGCCGCCUCCUCCUCACACACACAACAAGGAUUUCUCCUUCCUCGCUUCUCCAAAGCCACGCCAACUAUUAUGGCAACAGGUUCAGCAUCUCCCCUGCGUGGGGAAAGCACGCCCAGAAGAUGCAUUCCCCCCCCCAAACACCUCAAACCAGCAAACAUGGACGUGGGGUCCCUGCAGCGUGCCUCCCCAGGCAGGGUGCCCUCCUCCCUGUGCUGCAGAGCUGCUCUCCCCCUCCAAUGGGAGACCCUACAGGUAGGCAGUCCUGCAUCACAAGCAGCUUGCAAACAACUGGAGCGGAUCAAGCCCAAAUCCAUCAGCCAAAGGUUGCCUGCAUCCAGGCUUUGGGAUGAUAAAGGGACGAAGCUAGGGAGGCUUUGACUUGCACAGUCACUCUAUUGAACUUCAUUUUCUUACAUGGAUUCAGAUCCCAACUACAGCUCUUACUGGCACAGCCCUCAAGACUUGGCUGUAUUUUCUCCUAGGCAAUACAUGCAGAAGAGGACAAAAUGGGAGCUGUGGGUGAUUGCUGGUAACACUUACAUGCACCUCUGCUGCUGCUCCGGGAGUAGAAGGGGUAUUUAUGUCUGGUAUUCACUUUGUCUACAGGUGCUGAGUACUUACAGUUCUCACUGAUGUCAGCAUGGGUCGAACAAACGGGGCCCAGUUGUCUUAAUUAGCUGCACAAAGGAAUUCCAAGGAAAAGAUUUAUUCUCAGUCACCAAAAAAUCACAUUCAGGGAACACCCAUGUCCUUUUCCACUUCACUUCGUGUUGGACUCAGUCUCUCCCAGCACAUCAAGAACAUUCAUUUCCUUCUCCCCAUACCUGGUGGACUGGAUGCACCCAUGCAAUUCCAUACCAACCUCCUGGCUAAGUUGUCCCAUUGCACUGAACAGACCCAGCCGAGCAGUAAAUAAAUCCAACCUUCACUUUGGGUCAGCUUUGCAUGGACCUCCCCCUCCCCCAAAGAAUGCCUUUAUCCCGUGCCUAGUUUGAGACCAUGUCCUCCCUUCCUCCACCUCCAUCCACACCACCACACCCAGCAUAGAAAGUGCUGCUGCCUCUGGUGAGAUCCCAUGCUUUAUGGUUUUACAAGUGAUGUUUUUCCAAUGCUGCUUCAUUACAAAGCCGUACCUGAAAGGAAGGAUGGCUGGAAGGGGUGGGUGCUACCAGCACCGCUGGGUGACAGCUGGGAUGGAGGGGGGACCCAGGGCAUCCAAGAGAGCAAAACAAGAAAGGAUGUGCUGGGAAGGGGAUGGAGCACUGAGCUGCCCCACCACUCUGCCAGCAGCACCAGGGGCAGGAGCCCAGCAGGGCAGACCCAGACCCUGAGCAGUGUUGUGGAGGAGGGGUUGGCCUAUUUGUUCUGCACAGCCCUGGGAAGGUGAAGGGUGAGGAGGUGAGGGCAGCCCCAGCCCCGCUUCUGGGCACAGCAAUAAGACUCGUCCUUGGUCUUGCAGAGAUACUGUGAAAACAAACCCACGAUGUACCAAGUCUGGACACUCAUGGCGAUGUGAAAAGCAAAACCCUGCUUUUAUAACAGACGGGUAAAAAUAAAGUGAAGUUUUCAAACCCG